UUUUUGCUUGAAAAGGUGUCACUUGUCCUAGAAGAAAAAGAAAAGAGGAAAAGAGAAAAUCCAAUUUACUCAGGAGCUUUCAACUGCUUGUGCAUGACUAAUAUGUUUUUUUUUCAUUAGAUUUAAAAAUUUAAUAUCUACUUCCAUACCAUUCUUUUUGUUAAAAUUUGUUAAGAAAUGUGAAACACUGAUAAUAUUCUUAUUAAGAGCUACCAGAAGUAGUAAGGCAUUACCUCCAAUAUUCUGUUUUUGCAGCUGUUAGCCACUUUUAUAAUUUUUGAUUAAAAAAGAAGAAUCAUGUUUUAAAAAUGUAUUGAGCUAAUGAAACUGUUCCCUAAUAAAAACACUUUCUUUUUGCUGAAGUUUGAUAUUGAUUCUUUGCCCCCCGGUUCUAAUGACAUAAGAGGGAGAAAAUGAGGAAUUUAUGUACAUUCAAACGACAGGAAGAAGUUGCGCUACUCUUCUAAUGUGGAGGCAAGAAAGGACGGGCGUGCAUGUCUCUAGUGUUUACAUUAAUGGCUACCAAAACGGAGUCAGAUAGCUCUCUUCGAUCGAAGAAAGAACUGACAGAAAAGUUCCUACAGCUUCGAAAACAAGCUCUGGAAGAUGGAGUAUACGAUAGCUACCUCCGUGAGGUGUUUUUAAAACAUGCCAACAAAGGUUCUACGAAGAGAUUCACUUUGUUUGGAUCCAGGAAGUUAUUCAUCGCUAGCGCUGUUUUCGUUGUACUGGGGAUCAUAUAUUACAACUGCCCCUUUACUUAUCAAGAUGUCUUAGACGAAUUUUAUACAAGCAGGUGUUUGGUAGAAAACAGUGCAAUACUAGGGGAGAUUGCCAGACCUCUUGCAGAUUGCGGUAUAUGCCGUGGCUUGAGUGAAGUCCCCAUCAUAAACAACCUAAGUGAGGAAGAAUUUGUUGAAAAAUACGCUUACACGGGCAGACCAGCGUUAGUGAGAGGAGAGACGGGGAACUGGACGGCAUUUGAGGUGUUUUCUUUUGACUACUUCAAGGAGUUAUACACAGAAACCCCAGAUGCAUUUGAGAUAACAGAAAAUGAAUGUCAGUUCUUUUCGUACCAGUCAAGGUUUUCUUCACUGGAGGAAAUGUUUAAUAUGUCCAAAGAGAGGGCAAAUUAUGAGGAAGGACAGGAACACUGGUAUAUUGGCUGGAGUAAUUGUGUUGCUGAUGUUGCCAAAAAGCUGAGGAAGCAUUAUCAGAAGCCACACUUUUUACCCAAGGACUCAGAAACCAGCUCUCUGGACUGGAUAUUUAUGGGCUGGUCAGGAGAUGGGGCAGCUAUGCAC